AUGAACGAGGAUGUAUUGUCUAUCAACCAGAACAACAUGGCCACCGAGGGAAAGUCCAGCACCUUAUUAUCAGGACAGCCAUGCACCGUUCCAGAUUACCCAGACGUGUCCGGCCUAAGCAGCGCCCACACCUCCCGAGCAAGUCUCCAUCACCACGAUGAAAGACCACGCCCAGUCUUCGAAAUAAUCGAACCCCCAGCCCAGCUCUCCGCCAUAACCACACACACCACCCAUAUCCGCGAACCCGGCAUCGACGACACAUUCCCAGACGGCGGAACUCGCUCCUGGCUCGUCGUCGCAGGAUGUUUCUUCGUGUUAAUGGCCACCUACGGAAUGAUGAAUUCCACGGGCGUUCUCCAAAGCUAUUUCGCAACCCACCAAUUGUCAAAUUACUCCACCAGUGCCGUCGGGUGGAUUCCGGGUCUAUUCACUUUCUUCGGGCUAGUUCUAAGCCUUCAGAUCGGUCCUAUGUUUGACCGGUACGGUCCGACGGGGAUUCUUAUCGCCGGUACUGUGUGUUAUGUCGCCGGACUGCUUCUUCUGGCGGAGUGUAAGCUCUAUUGGCAUUUCGUUUUAACGCUUGGUGUUCUCACUGGGACGGGUGCUGCGCUGCUAAGUACGGCUGCGCUGGCUGCUGUGCCGCAUUGGUUUGAUCGGAAGGUUGGGAUGGCGAUGGGGACUGCGAUGGCCGGGGGAGGGCUUGGUGGUGUGACUUUCCCGCUUGUUUUGAGGGCGGCGUUUACGAGCUUCGGAUACCAGUGGGCUAUCCGGUUGCUGGCUCUUAUGGUCGCGGUUAUGUGUGGGUUGGGGAUUGCGCUGGUUAGGUCGAGGCUGCCCAAGGGGAGGAGCAGGUCGACUAUCAAUCUGAAUGCCUUUAAGGAUACGAGAUUUACUUGGUUGACGUUGGGGACAUUCAGUCUGGAGCUGGAAGUUUUCGCUGGUCUGGGUUUAUACCCGACAUACGUGGUCAUGCAAGGAUAUAGUACUUCCACUAGUGUCAUUCUCCUGUCAACUUUGAAUGUAUUCUCCACCCUCGGCCGACUCGUAGCCGGAGGCAUCGCCGACAAAUACGGACGAAUCAACACACAAACAGGCCUUAUAUGUCUCGGGGUAAUCGCAAUAUUCGCAAUCUGGUUACCGUUCGGAAACACGUUGCCGGGGUUAUACAUGUACAGCUCGGUAUUUGGACUGGCGUCGGGCUCCUUUUUGAGUCUAGCGCCGGCCUGCAUCGGGCAGAUAUCCAAGGCCAGUGAGGUCGGUGGACGGUUUGGGAUUUGCUAUUCCAUUGUGAGCUUUGCAACCCUCAUUUGUAUCCCGGUUGGGGGUGAGAUGCUCGAGAAAGUUGGUAAGCAGGCCAUGGUGGCAUAUCUAGGUAGCGUUUUGGUCGUCGCGUUGGGGAUGUUCCUCAUGGCGCGGUGGGCCUGUUUGAGCUACCGAUGGCGAUGGCAGGCUAAGAUCUAA